AAAGUCCAACCUGUUAGGUUGAAACCUGACCCUGCCAGGGAUCCCUGGGAGUUGAAAAAGGAAAGUCAAACGAGAAGCAGGAAAUGCACAAGCCUCUUUAUGUUGAAAACAGCUGGGCUCCCGGGGAGCCAAGCCGCCAUGGGAAACGGGCUCUGCUGUGGGCGAAGUUGGAGCAGUCCAGCACCUUUCCAGAACAAAAACAAAACAGGGAACCAAGCAAGACACACACUGAGGAGCCAGCAGCAGCAGCCACAGCAGAAUAGCACAAAGGGUCAUAAAUUAACUGGACCUAUGUAUGAGCAGGUGUUACAGCAGCCUGUAUCCCCAAAGAGGAGUCAAGACCUCACAUCGGAGGAGAGCAACUUACAUUACGCAGACAUACAAGUGUUCAGCAGUGCCCAGCCGCGCUCUGCCAGCGAGGUGAAACAUCUGCAGUUAGAAAAUGCUACAGAAUAUGCCACCCUUUGCUUCCCCCAGGUCACACCACGCUAUGACAGCAAGAAUGGAACUCUGGUGUGAGUCUCGGGGAGAAGGCACCAGUUUCCGUCAUCUUAAUCACUACUCCUGUGCGGAGACUUGACUACUUUGGGGAGUCUGGUGGCAGCCCAAGGAUGCUAAGCCUAAAGAACUCAAGGGCACUUGGAAUUGCGGGCGACCUUCUUCUGUCCCCUAGGUCUCUUAUCUGCCACUGUUAUCCUGGAGUUGUGGUUGGGUUAGCUAUAAAUGGAUGGAACUCUAUGAAACCAUGCUAGGUGGAGUGUUCUAGAAGGUAGGUCUUUAAUCCCUAAUAUAGCUUGGGCUCUCAGAUGUCCCGGGGCUGACCUGUUAGGCUUUAUUUAAAGGCAUUCCUUUUACACACCUUAAACUCCAACACUGAAGGGAAAGUACUCUAGAGAAGCAUUCUGAAAUUUCGCAACUACCUUUUGGCCUGGGAAUUUCCUCAGUGACUGAGUCAAAGGUCCCAGACCUAGCAGACAAAUGGAGGCAGGAACCGAGGCACAGAGGCAGCCUUCUCCGUCCGACCACUGGCCACAAAGUCUUUCAAAGCACCGAUAUCAAGGGCCGAGCAGCCCGAAAGUCCCGUUAGGCAGAUGUUUAGCUCUUGCCUGCCCAGAGUCGCUAGAAUCAAUAAAAGCCAAGAAGAGCU